AUGGAAAAGGAUGAACACUAUUGUAGCGCUUAUGUAACCAGUACGCAAUUCUGUAACUGGCAUUUUACGCCCUCUGAGUUGAUUACUCUUCGUUCGGACUGUAAUGCAGCUGCUCUUAAACGAUUACAGUUAACUUUGGAAACAGAAGAUAAUGAUACGAAAUAUUCAUCCAUUGGAUUAGAUUUUGAUCAAGAGCUUAAAAUCGUCAAACAUUAUGUCUACUUAAUGAAAGUUUUAUUUGACAAGUUUACAAAUCCUCAGUUACCGAAUGAUGUAUACGGUUUCGCUGUUACAUAUUUCAAACGUUUUUAUCUUAACCACUCAGUUAUGGACUUUUAUCCACGUGAUAUAAUGUUAACUUGUUUAUAUAUUGCUUGUAAAGCAGCUGAUUUUCCGAUUGGAUUGAAAACAUUUAUUUCACAUAUUCCUAGAAAUCAAGAAAGAUACACUUAUCUUGUUCUAAACUCUGAACUUUUCCUACUUGAAUCUUUGGGUUAUGAUCUGUGGGUAUUCACUCCAUAUCAAGCAUUAACUGGAUUUGUAGUUGAUUUAGUAGCAUAUCAAAGACGAAUUUGCCGUACACAGGAUGAAUCACACCUCCCAGACGAUAGAUCUGAUGCACAACUUGUUGAUGAAUUGUGUAAAGAAGGUGUAAAUCUAAUCAAUCUAUGGUAUCAAACUGAUUUAUGCCUUACAGUCCAUCCUAGCCAGUUUGCUUUGGCCGUUUUGGUGGAACUUGGUCAUGCUCGUCCACAGUUAGAUGUAGAAGUGUUUGUCAGGGAUGAAUUGUGCGGUUGUGAUCCAAUCCAGAAAUACAAACAACAUUCUGAUGUGGAUGAUGAAGAAGAAGUAUCAGAUGUCAAGCCAAAAAAUAAUAUAAAAUGUGAUCCAGAAACUCGUUGGCAAGAACUUUCUUCUCGUUUAGAUUUUAUUCGUCAAACAGUUGAUGAAUUCCAAUUUAUUACUGAUUUAGGCCCUGUGGGCGAAGAAGAGGUGAUUUUGGAUAAAUGUCGUAACCCACUGUACAACUUGGAAUCUGAUGAGUAUGCAGAAGCUAAAUCAAAAGCUGACAAGCUUAUGGCUAUGCUUGAGUAA